AUGCAUGAAGCACCCACAACCUCAAGAACCCUCAAGAAACUCCCCAGUGAUCAUCCAGCACCCAAAAUCAACCUUUCUGAGCGCUCCCAACUAGGGAUUAAACCACCCCUGAUUUAUCAGGCCCCUCUGGCUGACACUGACGAACAAGCCGAGCGGGCCAUCAAGUCUAGAGUCGAUGAAUUCUUCCACGUCCGUUCUGUUGCCGAAGCCGCCGCCUCCUUUGUCUCUCUCUCCCAAACUCGCCACCAUCAACUCAUCCAUUCUCUCGUCGAGAAAACACUCGAGAAGAAGGCCGCCGAUGUCGACCUCACUGCUUCUCUCUUCCAGCAUCUCGUCAAGGAGAACAUUGUCCCAUUGGACAUCUUCCUCAAAGGGUUCACACCUGUUAUUGAACAAUUAGAUGAUACCUCUAUAGAUGUUCGGUUUGCAUAUGAGUUCACUGGUAAACUGUUGAAAGCUGCCGGACUCGCUGAGAAAGAGGUUGCUGAAUUGGCCCAGAAAAUCGACACUGAGAUGCUCGAUCAGGCCGCUAAACGACUCCUUGACGGCUUCAAGUCGGCCGCUUUGCAGUGA